ACGAAAGACGAUUUGUUGGGAACCAAAAGGCAUGAAAAGCUUGGACUGCUGCUAAGGGUUAGGAUUAUUAGAAAAUACUGUGGGAAAGAAGGCUCAUCAACCUGUCUCCUUUUAAAACUCCAUUUUGUUUAACUUGUUGAAGAUUAACACACAUACAUGUAAGUAUAGCUAAAUGUAUGAUGAUGUUGAUAGUGAAAUAAUCUAAAUAAUUAAAAGGAUGUCACUGUUUAGUGUUUCAGCGUCUGAGUCGCCACCUGACGAGUCUCACAGUUGUCAUUAGUAACUUAAACUUUAUUUAGUUAAUUGGUAUGCACCGACAUUGUUGCUACUAAUACUUAUUAAUACUACUAUACUGCACUUACUGUAAGUAGUCCAUUAUUAAAAUCUUAAGCUUUGUCUUCCUUUGAAACAUCAAAUUGGCAUAAUACUAGAUUAUAUUGUCACUGUCUGACUGUCUGUAAAACUAAAUGACCGACAGUGACACUAUCAUUAUAAUAUAUAUAUAUAUAUGAUACAAGUUUGAUAUAACUAUAACCAUGAUAUCCAUGUCCAUAUGCCUAAUUGUUAGUAUACUUUUUAUGGUUAGGCUAUUUACUAUUAGUAAUAGACUUAAUAGUAUAGUAAUACUUACUAAACUACCCUUAUCUAUCAGUCAGGCAAUGGCUACUUUUAUAUAGUAGAGCCUCAGCCCCUUAGCCUAGGCAGGUAUUCUUUGUAACUGCAGUGGCAUAUCUUCAUAUCAUAUUAAUUUAUAUAUUAAUUCAGAUUAUUGUAUAGUUACUAGACAUUUUAGGUCUACCAGUACAAAAGUUUGUAUAUUGUAUUCCAACUGCAUUGUAUCAUCUCCAUGGCCAUGAAAACAAAAGUGGAACAUGAACCUAUGUAAAUAUCAAGGGAAAAGAUCACAAGACAGCUUGUGCUACACUGUCUUUUCAGUUUGCACUUUUCCACACAUUAUCAACAUUGUUUGGACACCAGCGUUAUUUAGAUUUUAAAAAAAUUACUUGAUGCUUGUCCUGGUGUGAGUCUUGAAUAUGGAGAUAUCUUCUUUAGGUCUCAUGUCAGUCAGUGUUUCACAGACCCAUUAACUUUCUACCAAACCAGGGCUAAGUCUUGCCCACCUCAUGUUUCUAACAAUAGAAAUCUUACCCAUAUUCAUCUUUACAAUUUCAGAAAGCACCAUGUCUGAGCGAAAAGCCGUUAUCAAGAAUGCUGAUAUGUCAGAGGACAUGCAGCAAGAUGCUGUGGAUUGUGCCACCCAAGCCUUAGAGAAAUACAACAUUGAAAAAGAUAUUGCUGCCUUCAUCAAGAAAGAGUUCGACAAAAAGUAUAACCCUACAUGGCACUGCAUUGUUGGUCGCAACUUCGGCAGCUACGUUACCCAUGAAACAAAACACUUCAUCUACUUCUAUUUAGGACAGGUUGCAAUUUUGCUUUUUAAAUCUGGAUGAAGUGUUGCAGCUUUCUUAUGGACAUUGUAUUAUGGACUAUGUUUCUUCCCAAGAUCCAUUCAUCUCAAGACAAACAUUUUAAAACAGUAAAGAUGAAGUGAUGCAAGCAUUUCCAGAUGUUUGUUUCAAUAUCAAGGGCUACUUCUAUUUCUUUAAUCAACCAUUUUUUUUGUGAGAACUUUGAAGUUUUCAUGAUAAAGCUUUAACGAUCAAAAUUGCUUUCUUAAUAUUCUUUAUAGUUGAAAUGUUGACAAUGUGUAAUGGAUGUUUGAUGUGGGUUAUGCUUUGACAGAUGUAAAUAAUUUUAUAGUGUGAAUGUUUUCAUAAAACUGGUUGUGAAAGAUGGAAAGACAGAAAUAAAUGGUACUGUAUAAGUCACUGCUUUUAUGUUGCUUUUGUGCGACUAAUCUGUAUGUGAGGGGGAAAAACAUGAUUGUUCUCAAUUUGCAAUUUUAUUAGAGACCCAUGCCUUCAGUGAAGUGGUAAUCCAAAAUUUCAACAUGUUGGUUACCACAGGACCGGUAUAUAA